AUGGAGAUUUUGGAGCACAGUAUGCUGCCUUCUUUUUCAGGAAUGCCCAUGCAUGUUUCAACAAGUCAAUGCAAACCCACAUUCUGCACACAUUACAACGUCCUGGUUGUGGAGGAAGAGGAUAAAGGUGGCGUUACUACUAAAGUGAAAGCUAAAGAUUGUUCCACUAGUUGUGCAGCUGGAUCCAUGAACCUCGGCAUUUUAAUGAUGUCUUCUGAGUGCUGUAGCAGUGACCUGUGUAACGUCCAAGACACUGCAGAUCCCGGCACUGGCUCUCUCAAUGGAAACACGUGUUACUCUUGUGAUGGGAACAGCUGCUCAAAUGUUCUGAAAUGUUCAGGCAGUGAAGAUCGCUGCAUCAAAGCAACAGGGACUUUCAGCGGCCAGACCACAGUCGUAAAAGGAUGUGCCUCUAAAUCUAUUUGUGAUGCCACAUCAGUCAGUAGUGUUCAGGGCAUCUCCUGUUGUUCAGGGAAUCUGUGUAACGGAGCUAAAAGUGUGACUCAGAGCUUUCUGAUCCUCUGUUUUCCUCUGAUCGCCUUCAUCCUGAUGCUCUGAAUACACAUUCAGUCUGACAAAAUAACACCAUUACAUGCUAUUCAUUUUUAAU